CGCGGCGCGGCGGUAGAAAAGGAAGGGCCAGUAGAAUGGAGCGCGUUGGAUCCGAGGCACACGUUCGACGCGGCCUUGCCUAAACCUCGUCGCGAUAGUUUGCUCGCUCUCAGCUCUUUGACUGCGCGUAUAUUCGCACGAUUGAAAGUAGCUCUGCGUGUGCUCUUGCGUGACACGUCGCACGGCAUCAUCGUUCUCUGGAGGAAGAAAAAACGCGAGUGUUGCCUCUGACGGUGCGACUGGAACUCGGCGAGGCCGGAUUCCGCCUCGCGUGCCCCGUACGUGCGCUUGCGAGGACCUGUUGAUAGGUCGCGCAGGUGUACGAAGGAAGGCCCUCGCAUCUCUCCCCCCCCCCUCCCUUUUCCCAUCAAUUCCUUCGUUCCCUUGAGCCGGAACAACGCGACGAUACAAAAGAGAGAGAGAGAGAAAUAAAGAAAUUAACUAGAGAGAAUCGCGAUGUGUUAAUACUCGGUCGUGAUCACCAAGAAAAUUAGUGUUAGUGUUUCUCUCCUUAUCCAUUCAGAGAGCCAGAUGCUCGCGAAAACUGGGGUUCGUGUGGCUCGUACAUGGUACUGUGGAAAAGAACGCAUCGAGGAAACACUGUGGAGUAACGGUCGUCGUGAGCGCGGAUUUUAAGUGCAAAAGUGUCGCGCGCGAGCGAACAAACCGCUGUCGAGAAGCCGUCAAUCGCCGCCGUCGACGCUACGUUGUUUCCCUCUACGCACGCAUAGGCUGACCAUCGUCUGGAGUGUCCUGGAUUUUGCGUUGUGGACGCGCGCGCCAACAGUGCCAAGAUUACGCAUGGUGCAGUUUUAUGUGGGAAGGCUCCGUUGAGAUGCCGUGGCUGCUCGAAUUACCAACUCGCGAUUAGUUAGGGAGGUAACGUCAGUGAAUGACGACGUCACGAUGCGUAUGUUGCCGCUGCUGAAAUUAGUGCUCGUGGCAGCAGUCGCGCUGCUGAUAAGUAUGAAUGCUAAUGCAGAGGCGCACCUACGCAUCGACUCGGACACGGACAAGUCCUCGUCGUCGUCGUCGUCCUUGUCGUCACCACUGCUUCACUUCAGAACGAACGAUCGCGAACAAGUGAUCGUUGGAAUGGAAGCCAGCCUACUCUCUCUCCUAGGCUUCACGAAGAGACCUAAACCGCAGGGCUCAGCUCACGUUCCAGAAUCCCUUAGGAAGCUUUAUGACCGUCAGAACAGCAUCGACAGCGCAGACAUCGCGAAACGGGGCAUUCACGCGCGAUCAGCCAACACCGUUCGCUCGUUUCCGCAUGUCGAGAGCGAGCUGGAUCGCAAGUUUCGCUCCCCGAACCGCUUUCGGCUGUCCUUCGAUCUGAGCGGGAUACCAUGUGGCGAGACGCUGCAAGCAGCGGAGCUGAUCCUGACGCGUGUCGCCGUACCGGAGAGCGCGGCGGACGGGCCUAAGCGCGGCCGGAUAUUGGUCUACGACAUAAUGCGGCCCGGCAAGAAGGGUUGCAGCCAACCGAUACUGCGGUUGAUCGACAGCAAGGUGAUCAACGCAACGAAGAACGCGAGCAUCAGCCUGGACGUGCAUCCGGCCGUAGUUAGAUGGCUGCAGAACCACCGCGACAAUCACGGCCUCCUGAUCCACGUGACCGGCGCGCUCGCCCGCGCGCGGGAACACGUGCGGCUUAGGCGAGCCGCUGACGAGCACAAGGACGCGUGGGUGGUCAGCCGGCCGAUGCUCUUCACGUACAUGGACGACGGCCGCUACAAAAUGGCGUCGGCGAAUCAGAUAAUGGACCGGCGGGCCAGGCGGGCCGCCCUGCGGAAAAAUCGGCGGAAGGACGGGCGCGAGAAUUGCCGGCGACAUCCGCUCUACGUGGACUUUGCGGACGUCGGCUGGAACGAUUGGAUCGUCGCACCGCCCGGAUACGACGCCUUCUACUGCCACGGUGAUUGCCCGUUUCCUCUGGCGGACCAUCUCAACUCGACGAAUCACGCGAUCGUGCAGACACUCGUUUACUCGACUAAACCGAGCAUGGUGCCGAAAGCGUGUUGCGUGCCGACCGCGCUUAGUUCGAUAUCGAUGUUGUAUUUGGAUGAAGAGAACAAGGUUGUUCUGAAAAAUUACCAAGACAUGGCAGUUCUCGGAUGCGGUUGCCGCUGAGUUGCGGUCUCUUCCUCUUAAUUCACAGUACGCGAGAAUGAUUCGUAUUUCGUAUUCGAAUCGACGCGACGACACGAUGAGAAGAGAGGAAGACUAACGAGAGGACUGACUCGCGUUUCGUACAUGCAUGUCUCGUUAAUCUCUAUUAUUCCGUGGAUAUAAAUGAGAGAGAGAGAGAGAGAGAUAUGCUCAACACAGGCAAAGUAUAAAUCGUUUAUAUUUCAAAGAAGAAUGAGAUCUCGAAAGUAGAGUGCGUAAUAUGAAUGUCGAAAUUAUUUCUAGACACACGACGAACAAUGCUAAAGAUAAAUGAUAGAAAUAAAUGCAGGUGGUAUAUAUUGCUAUUUUUAGUGGCAGCAUAAGACAAAGAUUUUCAACGCUUUCACAAAUACGCGAUAUUAAAUAUUUUCAAAUCUUUCUUUCUUAAAAGAUCCAACUGUUUGAAACUCAUCGGUGAUUUGCCUCAACUCGACAGAGAAACGAAAGACUUUUAAUAGAUCCCAUUAGAUCAGCUCUACGUAGAUGUCUAAAUAGCCUUGACUUCGAUCGUACACGUAGCGAUCGACACGCAGCUUUUGAUCACGCAGCAAUGGCAACUCGAAAUGUAAUUAACGUGAUUGCCUGAUUGGAAUGUAGAAAUAGAAAAAAGGAAUAAAGAAACAGAUGAUGCAGCUGCUUUUUCUAAUCAUCAUGAAACACAGCUCGAGGUAUCGGUAGAGCCAAGUGACGCGGUAAUUAUUACAAUGGCUUGACCGGUCGGUCAAGUUUAUUGAGAACGCGAUGCGUGAUAAGAAUAGCUACUCGGCCUGUAAACCAGCCCAAUUAAGAAGAUGACAGUAGGGAGUAACUUUUAUCCGCGAAAAGGUGAUGGAAUAGAAUUUUGCUGUUUAACAUCCGCGCAAUCUUUGUCAAAUAUUCAAAUCUCUGUAGCGUGAAAGAUAUAACUAUUAGUAAGGACCGUCUAUGAAUAUUUUUUUGUGUGAAUCGUUUUCACGUUUUCGUAAAUGAAAAAAGAUGUUGAUAAAUUUUAAUAAAAUUUUAUCUUUUAACACCUCUCGGCGCUCGUUUCCACGAAAUAUUUGUAGUAUUUGUAGUAUUCGUACUUGGACUUGAUUUGCUUUUAACUUGGAACACUGGAUAAUGCCUCUAUUAUUCAGCGAAGAAUUCAACUCCAUUCGUGACUUGAACGUACAGAUUCUCAAGAUGCGAUAAAACGAUCGAUUGAUCUUACUGUCUAAUAAAAUGUUGAAAUUGUAUAAAAUAAUGAAAAAUAUGGAUAUAUAAUGAAAAAAUAAUAAAUGAAAAUUAAUUUAACGCUGUUUGUACGUGAAUAUACGACUUUUCACGUAUUCGCGUAUCCUCGUGACUGCACUUUGGAAAUUUCACGAUCGAGCUUCCCGAGACUGAAAUAAACGGCGGCUUUUAAAUAAUAUUUAAAAGGCGCGGUAAAGCCGCAAAGACAAUGCGGAUUUACUUAAAGUUCGGCAAAGAUUGUGCGAUGAAUCGUAAUCACCGUGAUCGUAUGAUCAUUGCGAGAGAUGAUCGCUUCGGCAAGCAAACAACAAUGUGUUACGCUAUGUUGGAAAUACACUGUCAAUUAUGACUAAUAGUAAUCAUUUAUGAUAGAAAGAGUGAUAUAAAAAGAAAGAAAUCGUUUUUACUGUGAAAGAUGGAUCAAAACAACAAGGACAUUGACCGUUUUGUAGAGCGGAAAUAAUGUUGGCCGUGUAAAGGUAUCGAAUAGAUAUCUCUCUACAAUCAUGGAAACAUGAAAAUCGCAUUUUUACAAUAUCGCCGUGAUGUUUGAAACGAGUGAAAUAUGAAAUGACAGAAAGAGCAGGACAGAGAGCAAAUUAGGUAGAUAAAUCGAUGUAUCCGGUUAUGACAUACUCGCACGGAGCGACGAAGUAUACAUUCUCAUUCUCCACUCUGAACGAGCGAAUGAAUAUAUGUCUACUACGUAAAUCCUGCCGUCACGAAUAAAUUGUACCUGCCUAAAGAUUACUAUUUAUUUCUCUUUUUCUUUGCCAAAAAAAUUUCGAGCACAGAUGUAUAUGUUGUACAGAAGUGUUAUCGAAUAUAAGCGAGCGCUGUGUUGUAAAGUGUGUAAGAUAAAUAAAAUAAAUAAUUUUUUAAACAUUGUAAAUAAUAUGUUGUAAAGUGUCCCGUGUGUAUGUAUAUUCUUAUAUGUUUUAUCAUUAAUUUUCUAAUUUUCCGUGGUUGUAUACAGAUUGCGCAUGUGUAAAUAUUAAAUAAAUUCAAUAUGUAUGUGUG